AUGGCGGCUACCAAGUCGAAAUGGCUCCUUUAUGUCUUAGCUUCGUAAAAUUUGAUUAUGUCUAUGAACAGUAACCGUGAAUUACACGAUAAUGAUGCUCCAAUACAAGAGGGACAUACCAUACCAGAAAGAGUCGAGAAUUUUGUUGGAAAUGUUGUGACCAUGAAUGGAGACCUGGAAGAAGGAUCACAAGGUCAACUGUUCAUUUGUCAUCAGGAAGAGGAUGCCAAUCCUCUGAGGCAGAGGGAAAGAAAAAGAAGCGUACACAACUCUAUGGAGAAGAAAAGGAAGGAAAAAAUCCGAUAUUUUAUAAACAAAAUCGGAGAACUUUUGCCACCUGUUGAUAAUGCGGAGAAAGAAAAAAUCGGAAGGAGCACUCUUGACAUAGUGGAAAAGGCCUAUGAUUACAUACAGGAACUAAAUGUUACGACGAGCAGACUUCUGGCAGAAAACAGUGAUAAUGUAGAAGAAGUCGGAAAAGUGAAGUCGGAGUUAGCUGCUGUUAAAAGGGACAGAGACAGAUAUGCUGAACAAUUGCGACAAGCAGGUGGAGCCUUUGUUGAAACACCUGGUCAGUGGGGACAGAAACUGGGCCCUCCUGACCCAUCUGACCACUCCACUGGAGCAGAGGCACCACUCAAUGGAUUAGGGGGACAAGGGGCAGGGGCUGAACCCUCUUCUCCUACACCACUAUUGGAGAAUGCUGACAACAAACCAAAAGGCAACAAGAAAAAACGCAAUACCAUCAGCUUGCAAUUGGAAAUAAAAAAACAACAACAACAACAACAGACUCAGCCAAUGGAGUUGUCUACCCAAGCGAUGGCUGGUAAUUAUGGAAAUGUUGCCAUGAACAAUAUGAUGAUGAAUCAGAUGAUGUUUAGCAACAGUCAAAUGAUGAUGCAGCAACAUAUGAUGGGAGUUGGGGGUCAAAUGCCAGCUGGGAGUCAAGGUCAAAAUGUAGAGUCCAGUGCUGCAGAGCUGGCUGGAGCUGGUCUCAUACAGCUGGCCAUGCAGGAUGCUGGAAUCACCCCCAGCACCAGUGUCUCAUCUGAUGAGAAUGUUACUUCGACAGCAACACAAGCAAAUUCAGAUCCGAUGGCCUCUGCAAGUGAUAACUCCGCUCUUGAGACCCUUGCCUCUAUAGCAACAGUUCCUCAGACAGCAGGAGUUGUGGGUUCCUCUGCACCAGUAAGUCAGGCUGCCGUUUCGCCACUUGUGUCCCAGAGUGGAUCGGCCAUGACAGCUACGACACAGGCUAUUAAUGCCAACAUGCCUAUCAUGGCCACUGGUCAAAGUGGCAUAGGACAGAUUCAACCAAACAAUAAUAUGAUGAAUGUUCCAUUUGUGAAUGGUGGCCAACAACAGUUCCCACCGGGCAUUCUACAGGGGCAGCAGGGUGGCUUCAACCCAGGCAUCCCGACCCCGCAACAGCAGAUAAUGUUCAUCAAUGAGCAGGGUGUACCCUGUAUUGCUAAUGUGCCUCUGGGUAUUGACCCUAACUCUCUGGGCAUUCCAAACUUCCAGAAGCAAAUGGUCGGGAUGGACAAGUCGGGGAACAUUGGACUCCAAGGAUUUGGAAACGUCAUGGUUCAAAAAGAUCAGGGGAUGACCGCUGAUCAAACACUUAUUACAAAUAUGAAUCUCCAAGGUCAGCAGACCUUCCAGCAAACCCAGGGUGCAGUUGCCAUGGGAACACCUGGUAUGGUCCAGCCUCCAAUGCCUCUCGGUCAGCAGGUGAUGCAGCCAAUGCAUCAGCUGGCUGGUGGACUCGGUAACCAAGGGCAACAGGGUCUCAUUAUGCCUGUUAGUCAGAGUGGCAACUUGUUGAUUAACUCAACCAAUCAGAACCAAGGCCCGCCAGGUAACCAGCUCCCACAGGCUUUACUGCUUCCAAACGGGCAGAUAAUCCCGGUAGUAGCCAAUCCCCAAACAGGAGUUAACAGUGGCAGCGGAGUCAUUCCAGCAAACACCCAAUGGCAGGGUGGGGGCCUGCAGGGAGGUGGCAUUCAGCAACCAGGCGCACCCCAGGGGAACCUUGCAGCCUCAGGUGCCCCACCCAGAAUGUCCCUCCCCCCAGGUAUUCAGGGCAGUAUGAUGGCUACUGGAAUGGAUGGAACCAUCAUAUCAGGGGGACCCAACCCAGGCAAUAUGGCGUCCAGUGCUGGUCAGAUACAGGUUGGACAGCCACAGGUGGCGUUCUCCCAACACUCCUCUAAUAUGGGCCUUCUGAUGACCACUGCCUCCAACCUUCCCGGUACCAAUGCUGUGGCCAACUCCUCCGUGUCGCAGCCUCUCUCCGAGACUGGCCAGACAGGCAAUGUGAUAGACUCAGUAGCAACUAACAAGGGGAAAACCUUAUCUGUAACAGCAGGUGGAACUGGCCAACAGAGUGGGCUGAUUGACACCAAACAGAGUCAAAACAUGUUACGAUUCCCGGACUCAGACCUGUCAGAUCAGGCAAGAGGAUCGCAGAUCAUAAUGAAAUCAACAGGGCAAGCAGGUGUUUUCCCGUCAGUUUCAGGAUCUGAUAGCAUGACUAUGCCUGCAACUUCUGGACCACCAGGAAACUCCGGGAUGCCUAUGGGGAUGCCAGCACCCCCUAGUGGUGGAAUGGGAGCAGGUGCUAAUGGGCCGAUACUACUAACCAUGAAUCUUAAUGGUCAGCCAACCAGUGUUCUGGUCGACCCAACCACAAUGCAGGUUUUAGGAACAGUCCAGAAUCCUCAGCAAUCUGUACAACAGGCCCCGCCACAGGUUGCUGGUCAACAAGUACAGGUUGCAGGUCAACAAGUCACAAGUCAACAGGUCACAAGUCAACAGGUCACAGGUCAACAGGUCACAGGUCAACAGGUCACAGGUCAACAGGUCACAGGUCAGUCAAUGCAGGUCACACCCCCUGGUAAUACUGCAGCAAGUAAAAAAAGCAAGAAAAAUUCACAGCGUGCUAUCUGUCCCAAACCAUCUGCCAGGAACAAAUCUGGGCGGAACACAGAACUGUUUGGAAAUGAAGAUGAGGACCAAACAGAUUUGCCUACACAACCUGCCCCAACAACAAAAAAAUCAAAGUCAAAGAAAAGCAAGGCUUCAAAAGCAGCCACAGUAGUAGCUGCAUCAGCUGCUGCUGAGAGUGCCACACAGGAUGAAUCUGCCACAGACACGACUGAUAUUUUAGCAAAAGCUGCUGAAUCCAUCUUUUCCUCUGAUAUCUCUCCCCCUAUUGGUGGGUUUUAUAACCCAGCCAAUGAAGACAACCCACUGCAGAUAGACACCAGUGCUGGGGAGACAGAGGAGGAUCCAGAAGGGGGAAGGACACCCAGGAAGGAGCCUGAUGUCGGUACAGGGCCGCCUGACUCUGUACGUGAAAUACAACAAGUGAAGGAACUACAUAUUGGAGGUGAUGGGUCAGAUAUUCUUGGAACUGGUCAGACUUUGUCACAUCAAGAGGUCAGUGAUGUGUUGGGCGUAGAUAUAAUGAUGACCAGUAGGGGCCCAGGUGACAUCCUGUCUAACAUGUCUACGGCCACGUCGAUCCACAGCGACCUCGGUAAUCUGGGGACAGAUAAGCCAUCUGUUGAUAUAGACAACAGCAGUGGAGUGUUUUCUCCACCAUCUAUUAUUGAUCCACCCAAAAAGUCCAAUAAGAAAUCAAAGAAAGCAGAAAAAGAAAAAUGUAAUACGCCAGAGAAAACCAAGGUCAAGGCUACUGAAGACGAGAUUCAGAAUACAGUGAAAGAAAUUAUGAACUCUGUGAAAAAUAACACUCCUCCACCACCAGCAAAAAAGUCAGGCAAAAAAUUGUCGAAGAAAGCGCCUUCCAUUGAAAAGCCAAUGACAACGCCAACCAAUAGAAUGGAACCCGUGGAGGCCGCCGAACCUGUCAUGGCUUUUCCUGAUACUAUCAUAUUUUCUGAGAAGGAAUUGUCGGAUGUGUUAGACCAAGUGGAGAACCUUGGUUCAUCCCUGAGCGACAGUUCACAAACAGUGACUCCUCCAAAAAAGAUUAAAUCAAAGAAAAACAAGGGAGAUAAUUUGAUUAGUGAUAGUGAGCCAGCAAGUAAGAAACAGAAAAAGGGAUCAGCACGGGAUAAAAGUAAAUCGUCUGCUCCCACUGAAAAUGUGGGUAGUAAGUCCUCAAUGUCUGUGUAUGAUUUUGAGGAGGACGGACAGGAGGAAUUCUCAUCACCACUACGAUCACUACAGACAAAACGUAAUUCUUCCUCCAUCAACAAUGCACCUGUCUCAAAUGAUCAGUUUAUUAAAAGUGCUACUUCUGCUCCAAUAGGUGUGUCCAGUGUGUCUCCGAUGCGAGUUGGAGAACAUUUACCAUUCUCAUCGCGGGUUUGUUCUAGCGAAGGACGUUUGUUUUCCUCUCCGAAUCAAUUAAAUUUUUCAUCAUCACCUCGAGAUACAUCACCAGGAUUCGCAGAUGAUUCAAUGACAGAAAGACCUCUUUUUGAUACUCAACUGCCUCUUCCCGCCAAGGAGAAAAAGUCUAAGAAACGCUCAAAGUCCAAAAAGACAAAUAAAACUCCGUCACCUGCUGCUACAGUGAGAAAUUUACCUGAAAAUGAUAUUUUAUUAGAAUCUCAAAAACUGUCAACAGUGCCAGAAAAAACAAUUAGUAGUGUUGAGAGUUUGGUUGAUGUGAGCCGAUUUGAGCGUACAGACUUUGAUGAAUUUGAACCAAGCUCUAAAAAGAAGGAGGAUGAUAUUGAAAAGAUGGAUAUUGAUUUAUUAGAGAAAAGUCCUGAGCAUUCAACGCCAAAGAAAGAUCCAAGUGAGUGUUUGGGUCUCAGAACUAGUACUAAUGACGGUGGCCUAUUAUCAUGUGUUCAGAACAGUGUUAUUAUGGAUGAGCACCUAGCAUCCAGCGUGCCACACCGAGAUCUGGAUUCAUCUCACCGAGAUCCCUCUCCUCCAAACUCUGUGGCACUGACAGACCCCGUCCAUAUCUCCACUCACUCUCUGGCCUCCUCAGAGAAUUCAGACAUUGACAACACCAUGAACAGCAUACUUGGUCUCUCUGCAGCCGCUGCACUGUCUCCACACAUUAUAUCACCAGGGCAACAACAGCCUGUAGUGCAUCACGUGCGGGUUAGCUCACCACAACUUCAGACACCUAAAUCUACGUCGCCUGUGUCAAUGACAUCACCACAGCAACAAUCAUUGCAGCAUUCUGUGCUUAUGUCUGUGGCUAGUGCUGAUCCACUCGUGUCUCGUGCCUCCUCAGUUACCUCAUGCUCAUCCAUGACAAAUUUUUCAUCUCCCGGUGAUUUACCGUACUCGGCAGAGACUCUUUUCAAUCCUUCAUCUGAUAAGGCUACACUUUCAUCGACCAACAAACCAACAUCUCUGGCUAUUUCCAGGCAAGACAGUGACAAAUCAAAUCAUGGCCUCUUUGAAAAAUCUCAGAUGGGAUCGAAAGCACGAAAUGGCAUUUAUUCAGCUGAUAAUUUUGUACAAACCAACAAAGAUGAAGGGUUACGGACUGAUAAAUCAACCAAUCAGGUUAAUGUGAUAAGUCCUCCUCUAUCCAGCUCAUUAAGUCGUAUUGGUAACGAAAAUAGUUCUGAUGUUUUUAAUUUUGCUACAAUAGGUCUUAAUAUUGCAACACCUACAACAUCAACAACUUCAAUAAUGGACAGUCUGAACAUGUCUCCCAUCAUCUCCACCAUCGCCAAUACGUCGGUCACGUCAUCUUCUUUCACCUUCACACUGUCAUCUGUCACAUCAACAUCAACAACUUCCAGUGCUGGAAUGACGUCGCACGACAAUCACCAAAGUGUUCAUCCAUAUCCUUUUUAUUCACCUCAGUCCCAUCAUCAUCUGCCAUCGUCAUCUUCAUCCUCCAACAUGCAAAAUGUGUCGAACCUCCUGAGUAAUUCAAACAACCAACAACAGGAACAGCAACAACAACAACAACAGCCAUCAUUGACCAUGCCAAACUUUGAUCUUGAUCUUGGAACUAGUGUCACCUCUCAUCUUGGGCAUCAACAGAAACGUUCAUCAAAUGACACCGUGGCACAAUCUCAUAUUCAGAGCAGUCAGUCGCAACUGUUCUAUGGUAUGGCAAGUGGUAAUCGGGCCAGUUGUUCAGUUCAGAACCAGCAGAGGGAACCACAGGAACAACCGCCGAUGAUUCCGAACAUUACGGUCAGUUCUCACAAUCCCAUCAGCAAGUCACAGUCAGAUCAGAUUCAUAAUACUCAUAAGCGCAUGCAGGAGUUAGGCCAGGGGCCAGUGCGUAGCGGCCCCCCUCCAGCAAAGGCUAGUAACACUGACCAUCGCGGCAGUGACCUUGGGGCAAUGGAGCGACAGUUCAGUAUUAAACCAUCCAAUUCAGACCCCCGGGGUAGUGAUCUAAAUGCCAUGGAGAGGCAGUUUAAUCUCAAGUCCUCAGCACAGGACCCUAGAACAAACGACCUCAGUACAAUGGAUAGACAAUUCAAUAUUAAAUCCACAAAUCCAGAUCCUCGAGGAAAUGAUCUAAGUGCAAUGGAUAGACAAUUUAACAUCAAAUCCUCAAAUACAGAUCCUCGAGGAAAUGAACUCGCUAAUAUGGAAAGGCAACAGUUUAGUAUGAACAAUGUUCAGGCGUUUUUCCCUCCUCCAAACUUCUCUAAUGCUGGUUCCCAGUCGAUGAACACACAUCCGUUGCGACAUCCACCCCUGAACUCUAUGGAGGAGAGGUCAGGUUUGCCUGGUGCCCGAGCCUAUGAGCCCAUAUUUUCACCCCAUACACAAGGAUUCAAUCCAGCAUCACAAGGUUUUGGUGGCAGUCGAUAUGAUUCUAAUGUAAUGUUUCCCCAUCAGCGCGAAAGCUCUGGUGUUGUAGGAAACCAACCGCUCAGUCACACGCCGCCAAUUCAAACAGACGGUCGCAAGUCAGCAAAUUCACAGAGCUCAAGUGCCAAAUCAAACAAACAAAACAGCAGUCAACAGUCACAACACCCAGUGGCUCAGCAACAACAACAACAGCAACAACAGCAGCAGCAGCAACAACAACAACAGCCGAGAUCAAUGAGCGGUCCUCCCCCUCAUACCGUUCCUACCCCUCCACAUCAUCCUCCCACUCACCGGCCCACGCCCCCUCAGGCUGGCUCUCAACCUCCCCAACCCCAUCAGUCACAAGUGUCUCAUUCGCGGCAGCAAAAAUCAUCGAGUGCUUCACGUUCAAAACAGUCACAGAAAAAGAGCAAACAACAGCAGCAGUUGUAUAGUGAAAUGGAAACUUCUUUCCCCCAUGCUAUGUUUGAGGCAAAUAGAAGUCUUACACCAUUUUUUGGACUUGCUCCUCAAAAUCUGUCGCCACCUGCACGGAACAUGCAGAAUGAAGGACCAGGGCUGUUUGCUGCAAAUCUUUUUGGAGCUGGGCCAAGGCAUACUGCUACUGCCUCCAUGCCUAAAAAUGCGGAAAUAAGUGCCCCCUAUAAUCCUUUGUUCCCACCUGGGCGCCCCCAGAAUGGUCUUGGUUUGAACUUUCAGCCUGGAUUUGGUAUGAACACUGUUCACGGAGGGAUGUCGAAUGCACCAUCAAUUACACCGCACUCUGGUAGUGUGACCGUAACCCCUCACAUGUCAAACUUUAGUCUAACAAAUAUAUUCUCUGAUGUGAACAAUUCUUCACAGAAUGACUUAAAUAUUUCACCCAUCAAGUUUCCUCAUUCAAAUUCAAUAAUGCCACACCAAGGAAUGGACCCGAACGCCCUGCAGCAUCCUCAUCACCAGGGCGGGUCUAUAUACCACCCUCACAACCGAUCACAUCCGCCUCCACCCGUGCUGCACAACGCUAUGAGUAUAAACAGUAUCUUGGGGCAGCACCAUCACAGCUUUGAUUCCCGAGGGGUGCCCCAGGGCAUGAACGCCUCAGCUCCUCCCUUCCAUGGACCCGGUCAUCCGCCAUCAUUUGCUAUGCCGCCUUUAAACUUCUCUAUGCAUGACCCUUAAAAGAUAAAUUUUCUUUAUAUUUAAGACCCAUUUUAAUGAAAGAACAAAUAUUGCUUGUUAAUCUGGACAGUUUGGGUCUAAGAUAUUAGACUAUAUCUGUGUAAUAUUCAGCGUCUGAGAUGUGAGAUUUACAUUGUAAUCUGGACAGUUUGGGUCUAAGAUAUUAGACUAUAUCUGUGUAAUAUUCAGUGUCUGAGAUGUGAAAUUUACAUUGUAAUCUGGACAGUUUGGUCUAAGAUAUUAGACUAUAUCUGUGUAAUGUUCAGCGUCUGAGAUGCGAGAUUUACAUUGUAAUCUGGACAGAUAUCUGUGUAAAAUUCAGCGUCUGAGAUGUGAGAUUUACAUUGUAAUCUGGACAGAUAUCUGUGUAAUAUUCAGCGUCUGAGAUGCGAGAUUUACAUUGUAAUCUGUACAGAUAUCUGUGUAAAAU